AUGUUGAAUCAUUUAACAAAUGGAAGCGCCUCGCUCAGCUUCCAGGGUCAAAGCCAGGCACACCCCCCACCCCCACCCCCACCAAAGCGGAGAAGGGAGAAGACCUGGGCUCCUUCAAACCCACUUAGGAUCCAGGCUUCGGGGCUCCAGGCCACGCUCUGUGCUGCCCUGCCCACCAUUGUGCACCCCUCAGGGAUCCAGCUCACCUCAGACAGCAGGCCCCCCUGCUUCAGUCCCCUCCGCGCAGCAGGCCCCCCGCCCCAGUCCCCUCCGCGCAGCAGGCCCCCCGCCCCAGUCCCCUCCGCGCAGCAGGCCCCCCGCCCCAGUCCCCUCCGCGCAGCAGGCCCCCCGCCCCAGUCCCCUCCGCGCAGCAGGCCCCCCGCCCCAGUCCCCUCCGCGCAGCAGGCCCCCCGCCCCAGUCCCCUCCGCGCAGCAGGCCCCCCGCCCCAGUCCCCUCCGCGCAGCAGGCCCCCCGCCCCAGUCCCCUCCACGCAGCAGGCCCCCCGCCCCAGUCCCCCUCCGCGCAGCAGGCCCCCCCACCUCAGUCCCCUCUGCGCAGAUUUGAAGACUGUCCUAUCCCCACCCCAGCACCCAGGGGAGCUCCUGCACCCCGUGGUGUACGCCUGCACCGCCGUCAUGCUGCUGUGUCUCCUUGCCUCAGUCGUCACCUACAUGGUGCACCACAGCGCCAUCCGCAUCAGCAGGAAAGGCCGGCACACACUACUGAACUUCUGCUUCCACGCAGGGCUGACCUUCACGGUGUUCGCCGGUGGCAUUAACCGCACUGCAUACCCUAUCCUGUGCCGAGCGGUGGGCAUCCUGCUACACUACUCCACGUUGGCCACCAUGCUGUGGAUCGGAGUGACUGCCAGGAACAUCUACAAGCAGGUGACCAGGAAGGCCCCACCGUGUGCCAGCACAGACCAGCCACCCUCCCCCCGGCAGCCACUGCUCAGGUUCUAUCUCGUCAGCGGAGGGGUGCCUUUCAUCAUCUGUGGGGUCACAGCAGCCACAAAUAUCAGGCACUAUGGGGCUGAGGACGCAGAAGCUGCAUACUGCUGGAUGGCCUGGGAGCCCAGCCUGGGUGCCUUCUAUGGGCCAGUGGCCCUCAUCAGCCUGGUCACCUGCCUGUACUUCCUUGGAGCCUACGUCCAGCUGCACCGCCACCCUGAAUGCAGGUACGAACUGCGGGAGCGGACUGACGAGCAGCGGCCAGCGGGGCCAGAAAUGGCCCGAGGCCACCGGGCAGCACAGACCACGGAGCCAGAAUGCAACGGCCUGGCCGCAUCACUGCUACAGAACGAGCACUCCUUCAAGGCGCAGCUGCGCGCUGCGGCCUUCACACUGUUUCUCUUUGCCGCCACCUGGGCCUUCGGGGCGCUGGCCGUGUCGCAAGGCCACUUCCUGGACAUGGUUUUCAGCUGCCUGUAUGGCGCCUUUUGCGUAACGCUGGGGCUCUUCGUGCUCAUUCACCACUGCGCCAAGCGCGAGGACGUGUGGCAUUGCUGGUGGUCCUGCUGCCCCUCGCGCAAGUGCCCCGGUGCUGCGCAGCCAGGUGCCAAUGGGGACUGCCUGCAGGGCUCCCCGCACCCUGGGCAUGCGCCCUGCGGCCACCCUGGCGCGGGCCACUGCAAGAUGACCAACCUGCAGGCCGCCCAGAGCCACGCCCACUGCCUGUCCCCCGUCACUCCCUGCUGUGCCAAGAUGCACUGCGAGCAGCUGAUGGGCGAGGAGGCUCUGGGGCACGGCCUGGAGGACGCGUUCGUCCAUGGCCCACACUCACACCGGUGCCUCCAGGGCAGGACUCAGCCGCCCUUGUUCGGCCGGGAGCCGGAGUACGCCUACCACAUCCCGUCCAGCCUGGACGGCAGCCCCCGCAGCUCGCACACAGACAGCCCUCCCAGCUCGCUGGAGGGACUAGAGGGCACGCUGGCCUGCUGCGUCCAGGGGAACCCCUUCCCUGUGGCCAGUCAGCCCGAGGGCAGCUGCGCCGCACUCUAUGGCUGCACCCCAGCACACUUUGAGAUGCUCCACCGGACACAGUCCCUGCCCUUUGGCCCCGGGCAGAACGGGACCCUCAAGGGCACGGUGCUAGAAGGCCGGCCCUACGGCGCCGAUGGCACGGGCAACAUCCGCACUGGCCCCUGGAGGAAUGAGACCACUGUGUAG